AUGACAUGGGCUCAAUUUAACGAGAUAUUCUACAACAAAUACUUUCCUCAAUGCUUCAGAGACCGAAAAAUGUCAGAAUUCCAAGAACUCAAACAAGGCAGGAUGUUAGUGGCCGAAUAUGAGGCCAAGUUUACUGAGUUAGCUUGUUUUUCCCCACACAUGGUGGACACCGAUUAUAAGAAAUCACGAAAGUUUGAGGGAGGACUAGACCUGGAAGUAUUUGAUCGAGUAGGCAUCUUGAAAUUGCCUACUUAUGUGGAAGUGCUCAAUAGGGCAUUGAUGACAAAGGCCAUAAUAGCAGCCAAGACACAAACUACAACUCCAACAACUGAAUGGAGAGGCAAAAGGGUCAGAUUCAAUUUCAAGAAAGGCCGAUCAUUUUCGAAGAAGCAAAAUACUGGAUCGUCAAGUAGCUCAAGCCAAAGUAGCGGGUCUAUGCUAGUUUGUCCAGAAUGUGGAAGGAAACAUAGGGGAAUGUGCCAUUGUGCAUCUGGUGCUUGCUUUCGAUGCGGCAAGACGGGCCACAUGAUUAGGGAUUGCCCGAUGAGACUCGAUACGACUACCUGUCCUGUUGCAAGUUCAGCUGGGUCUGUUCUUGCACCAAUAACUAAUGUGAUGGCCAAUACUGGAGGAGAAACUUUGAGACAAGGCCAGGUUUUUGCAUUCGUACCUGGGGAUGUACAGAAUGCUAAGUCAGUAGUAUCAGGUACAAUUUCUAUCUGUGCUCAGAAUGCCUAUGUGCUUAUUGAUUUUGGUUUCACUGUGCUAACUGUAUCUUCGGAUAGUACCAGUGUGGAAACUAUUCUAGUGGUUUGUGACUUUCCUGAUGUGUUUCCUAAUGACCUACUCGAGGACCUAAUUGAUAAGGAAAUUAAGUUUACAAUUGAUACAGUACUUGGAACACAACCUAUUUCCAAAACUCCCUAUGGAAUGUCAACUUUUGAACUGAAAGAGUUGAAAGUUCAACUCCAAGAACUCUUGGACAAAGAAUUUAUCCGCCUAAGCACAUCACCUUAG